UGCAAGUGGUACUGAUAUAAAAAUAUGGUAAUUAGUAACAAUAUUCAUUUCCUUGUCUAAUAUUGAACAGAAUAAUGUUAUUUUAUAACAUUGUAGUGCUCAGCGUUUUAAACACCGUGUGGUGCAUAAACCUGAGAAAAUUUCCAACUGGUUUCAAAUUUGGUGCUGCCACUGCCGCGUAUCAAAUCGAAGGAGCUUGGAAUGUCAGUGAUAAAGGCGUAAGCAUUUGGGACACAUUUGUGCACAACAAUCCUGGGGCAAUAAAAAAUGAUGAAACUGGAGACAUAGCGGCUGACUCUUAUCAUAACUGGCAGGCGGAUAUUGACAUAGCCAGUGAUAUAGGACUUCACUUCUAUAGAUUCUCGGUGUCCUGGCCACGUCUCCUGCCAACAGGGUAUGUAAACAAUAAGAGUGAAGAUGGUAAAAACUAUUACAACAAGCUGAUAGACGGACUCCUAGCAAAAGGGAUAGAACCAAUAGUCACACUAUACCACUGGGACUUACCACAACCUAUACAAGACCUAGGUGGUUGGACAAAUCCUUUAAUAGCUGAAUACUUUGCUGAUUACGCGAAUUACGUUUUUUCCCUUUUCGGAGAUCGCGUGAAGAUUUGGAUAACCAUAAAUGAGGCGAUAUCUGUUUGCGAUUUUGCAUAUAACAGUGGCAUUUUAGCCCCCGGUAUAAAGGAACCUAUUUAUGCCACUUAUCUAUGCAAUAAGCACAUACUGAUCGCUCAUGCUAAAGCUUACAGAAUAUACGAGAAGUACUAUCGACCUCGGCAACAUGGUAAAGUAUCAUUCGCUAACAAUCUACUAUGGAUAGAACCACUAACACCCGCCGAUGAAGAACUAGCCGAAUUGGGUUUGCAACACACAGCAGGACGUUACUCUCAUCCGAUAUAUUCCAAGAAAGGUGGAUGGCCCCUAUCUAUUGUAAAGGUCAUGGAGGAGUACAGUAAGAAACAAGGAUUUCAUUCCUCAAGACUUCCACGCUUCACAAAUGAAGAAAUUCAAUUAAUAAGAGGUUCGUAUGAUUUCUAUGCCUUUAACCACUAUACGACGCGUCUGAUCCGGCCCGCCCAGCCAGGCGAGGACAUCGGCUUUUGGUUCCUGACGGGUUCACCGGAGCUCAAUGCUGUAUUGGUCGCUGACCCGAGCUGGCCC